AUGUUUAUUGGUAAAUCUAAAGAGAAAUUCUCCUAUCACAACACAUUGCUAUGUUUAGUCAAGUCAUUAGAAAAUAAAAGCAUAACUGUUGAUCUUCGGAAUGAUUCAUGUGUGUGUGGACAACUAACAUUGGUAGAUGGAUACAUGAACUUAUCUUUAUCUAAUGCUGUGUUUUGUGAUCCCCAAGGCAAUGAAUACUUAUUUGAAAAUAUUUUUAUUCAUGCAAGAAAUGUAAGAUAUGUUCACAUUCCCCAAUCAAUUAAUAUUAUAACAGCUAUAAAACAAGAGCUACGCUGCAAUAAAAGGGAGCCAAGAGAAAGACCGACAGCCAAAUCCAGAAAAGUACAAAAGGCUAUGAGGCAACAUUUGGAAACGGUGAAAUCUUUAAAUGUAGAUCCAGCAAUGCCGCCAAAAUAA